CCUGCGCAGGCUCCAGCUGGGCGAUGAGCCCCCUCGUGGUGCCUGGAGACUUUAGUCAGCCGGCCAGCCCCUUUGGCUGUCUGGACAGCUCUGCUGCCAAACACAAACUGGUCCUGAGACACAAAGCCGGCAACCGGAGGAAACCUGCCAGUAGGCUUGACCUGAAAGCAGAAGGAGACUUUACAGUUGAGAGUGUGUUACUGGUCUCUUCAGAAACUGAAAGUUUGGAGCAACAAGAGCAACAGAGGAGAAAAGAUGGAUGUGACAAUCAGCUGGAACUAAAAGUAAAGAAAGAGGAAGAGGAGGAUGAGGAGUCAGAAGAUCAGGAGUCCACAGCAUUCCAGAUGAGAGAUAAGGAGAACAGAGAGGAGGAGGAAGAAGAGAAGUCAGAAGCCAAACUGCAAGUUUCUCCCACCACUGACUCUUCUUUUCCUCUCGAGCAGAAUCUCUCAGAGGAGGAAGUCUCUGAUACUCAGUCCAUGUUCUCCUCCAGGUCCAGCUCCAGAGCCUCCUCUCCCAACAGUUCCAGGCCCACAGCAGAGCCUCCUGCUGCUCUGAGAAAAUGCCCUAGAAUUCCUGCAGGUGUCUCCUAUAAGACUGAAGAUCACCACUCUGACUCUUCAUCAGAAGAAGAGGGGGUUCAGGGAGACAGAGCAGAAGAGAGCUCCUUCUUAGAGGAGGUGCAUAGCUCCUUAAAGGCUCCUCUCUAUUCUCACUCACCUGACGUGGAGACUGUACUAGAGAUAAAGUCAGAGGAAGAGGAGGCAGAAACAGAAGAACGAGUGGAGAUGACUGUGGAAUCAGACGAAGAGGAGGAGGAGACAAAAGAAAUAGUAGCAAUGAAGGAGGUAGCAGAGGUUAACAAGCUUGUUAACCAUUACCUCUCGUAUCCCUGCUCUGUUCUGAAUGAUCAGACCGAGGAGGAAGAGAAGGAGGCAGAGGCUCAUACUAGUUCCUUGCAGGAUGAAGAUGCCGAAGAGGUGAAAGGCAACGAAGAAGGUGCUGACACUGAGGGGGAAGAUCUAACUGUGGAGCAAUUCACACAUCAUAGUGAUGAGGAGAACCAACAGGAGGAAGAGGCAGAGGAAAUUGCAUCUGAGGAACAAGUUGACGGGGUUACAAGACCAUCUUUAAGCCAGGAGGUGGGCAUGGAGGAAGGGGUGGAGGAGGACAAAGAAGAGAGAGCAGUAGAGAUGGAGGAGGAGAUGUUGGAGACAAGUGAGGAAGAACCUGAUAAUGGAAAAGCAGACACAGGGAUGAGUAAAGGGAGAGAGGAAGAGGUAGAGGAUGAAGAAGAGACAAUGGAGAUAAUUCCUGACCCCCAGGAUGAGAAGAUUCAGAGAGCCUCACCUGUUCAGGAGGAAAGUGAAGGGAUGGGAGAAGAUGAAGAUGUUCCAAACACAAAUCAGACAAAUGGUGUUGUCACAGAAAUACGAGAUCAGGUACUGGAAGAAGUGCAGGAAGAGCAAGAAAACUCCAACCAGAACCUUGAAGAUAAGAGGGAAGGUGACAAAGAGGAGAGUGGAGAGUUCAUGGAACAGGAGGAGGAGGAGAAAGAAAAAGAAGAAGAAGAAAAAGAGCCAACCCAAGAUGAUCAAACAGGUGUGGAGCAGGAAAGUGAUGAGACAAUGUCUCAGCUGGAAAUAAAACAGAUGAAACAUUAUCCAGCUGCAGAAUCCACACCACCUCCUCUGUCUCUUCCUGAGUCCCAGUCCAACACUGAUUCAGAUGAAGUUCUGCUCAGUCCUUCCUGCAAAUCCACCAACCUACAUAUAAACCUGGUCUCUCCCAGUUUAGAGGACCUCCCAUCUUUGUCUCAUCUGCCUCCAGCUGUUGCAGAUUAUGGUCAAAAUGUCCCAGAGCCACCUUCUCCUGGUGGAGAGUCGUCUGCAGAGGAAGAGCAGGCAGAGGCUGCAAAAGACGAAGAGCAAAAUGAGUCCAAGCAGGAGCCCAACGAUUCCUCUCCUGCCUCUGUGACACAUCCAACAGAACUGGGUAAAGUCCACUUUACCAUUGCGCCUGCACGGCAGAGACCAAAAAGUUCUACUGGACUCAUCACACUGUCUUCUCCUGUCUCUGGACCCGGAGGGGUUGAGGCAGAACAAGAGACGAAGACAGAGCCUGCGAGUUUGGUUGAACGGGUCAUAGAGCCAGGCAAAGGGAGGAAUCCAUUAAGCCCAAUGGUGACCUCAGCUGCUGCAAGAAGAGCAGAGCCUGCAGAGAGCUCUGUGGUGGCUGAUGGAAACCCUGAGAAUCCUUUUGGAGUUCGGUUGAGGAAAACCUCUGCUCUGAUUCACUUCAACUCAGAGGAGGAGAUGGCAGAGUCUGCAGUGGAGUCGCCAACCUUCUGUAAGGUGGACUCACCGCAGCCCGUCAGCAGUAAGCCCUCGGUGUGUCCGCCAAACAUCAACAAGCCUGCUGUUCCUAAAAAGCCAGAGGUACACAUAGACGCCGGAGGAAAACCGAGGCGGACCUCAGAACCAGCUGCGGGGAGAGGAGCCUCUGGUGGAUCGGAUCCUCCCAGCUGGAUUUCUGUGGCCAGACAGAAACAGAGGAUCUAUAAAGGAAAUUCUCUGGAGGAGAUGACUGUCAAAAAGGAGGAACAGGAGACAAAGUCCUCAUUGCCCCACGCUGCAAGCAGGGAGCACCAGAACAAAACCGCAGAGAGCACCAACAAAGCGACCAAUAAACCACCACUGUUUGGUGAAAAGGAGACCAAGCGAGUUCUCUCCCCUCCAACCCCAGUGCCGCCUCAGCCUUCAAGAUCCCAGCCACUCUCUAAACCCCAGGUGUCUCCUGUCACAGCAAAGUCACCUCCACAACAACCUAAGUCCCCCCAAAAUGCCACGUCCCUGCCUACUCCUGUCCCUGUCACCUCCAAACCCCCUCCCUGCACAACAUCAUCAGCUCUCUCCAAACCUGACAGCAUAGCCCAAAUGCCCUCAGUCACCUCCCAUCCUUUUCCCUCCCAAACCAACACAGAAAAGUCCAGUUUGAAUGCUCCAGGCCUCCCUAGACUGGCUGCACACCCCCUGCGUGGUCUGCCUCCCUCUGCUCUACCACAAGACGAACCCCCCUGGAUGGCGCUGGCCAAGAAAAAGGCCAAGGCCUGGAGCGAAAUGCCACAGAUAGUCCAGUGA